AUGAAGGCGAAUUACGGAGCUCCUCUCGUUUUCCACUCUCUCGUCCUCCUCUUCCUCUGCUGUGGCGCCGAUCAGGCCUCCUCUGCGGGGAGGAGGACCUACAUUGUCCGAGUCGACGGGAGGGCUAAGCCGGCCGCCUUCCCCACCCACCGGCACUGGUACGACGCGUCGCUGUCGGCGGCCGCAGCCUCCGCCGCCGACGAUCUCGACCCCCACCCCGCCGCUGUCAUCCACACCUACGCCUCCGUGUUACACGGUUUCUCCGCGCGGCUGUCGCCCCUGGCCGUCGACGCCCUCCGAUCCCGCGCCGGCAUCGUCGCCGUGUACCCCGAGCAGGUUCGGCAGGUGGAGACCACCAGAUCCCCGCAGUUCCUGGGGCUCAAGUCGGCCGACGGCGCGGGGCUGCUGCUGGCGGAGUCGGACUUCGGAUCGGACCUCGUGGUCGGAGUCAUCGACACGGGGAUCUGGCCCGAACGGCGGAGCUUCUCUGACCGGGGCCUCGGUCCGGUCCCAGUCAGGUGGAAGGGCGAGUGCGUCGCCGGCAAGGGCUUCCCCGCCUCUCUAUGCAACAGGAAGCUGAUCGGAGCCCGGUACUUCUCCGGUGGGUACGAGGCCACCAGCGGCCGGAUGAACGAGUCGGCCGAGGAGCGGUCGCCUCGGGACACCGAUGGCCACGGAACCCACACCGCCUCCAUCGCCGCCGGCCGCUACGUCUACCCGGCGUCUACCCUCGGGUACGCCCGCGGGGUCGCCUCCGGGAUGGCCCCUAAGGCCCGGUUCGCCGCUUACAAGGUCUGCUGGGCCGCCGGCUGCUUCGACUCCGACAUCCUUGCUGCCUUCGACUCCGCCGUGGCUGACGGCGUCGACGUGAUCUCCCUCAGCGUCGGCGGUGUCGUGGUUCCCUACUACCUGGACGCCAUCGCCGUCGGCGCCUUCUCGGCCAUGGAGGCGGGGAUCUUCGUCUCGGCGUCCGCCGGCAACGGGGGCCCCGGACCUCUGACUGUGACGAAUGUGGCGCCGUGGAUGACCACCGUUGGAGCGGGCUCCAUGGACAGGGACUUCCCGGCAGAUGUGAAACUGGGGAACGGCGUGGUCGUGCCCGGCGUCAGCGUCUACGGCGGACCGGGGCUCUCCCCCCGGAAGCUCUACCCGCUCAUCUACGCCGGCUCCGAGGGUGGCGACGGCUACUCUGCCUCCCUGUGCCUCGAGGGCUCCCUCAACCCCGCCGCAGUCCGAGGCAAGAUAGUCGUCUGCGAUCGCGGGAUCAACUCGCGGGCCGCCAAGGGGGAGGUGGUGAAGAAAGCCGGCGGGGUCGCCAUGAUCCUGGCCAACGGGGUCUUCGACGGCGAGGGGCUCGUCGCCGACUGUCAUGUCCUCCCUGCUACAGCCGUCGGCGCCGCCGGGGGCGACGUCAUCCGCCGCUACAUCGCGGACUCGCCGCCACCCAAGCGCGCACCCACGGCGACGAUCGUGUUCCGCGGCACCCGGUUGGGGGUGCGGCCGGCGCCGGUGGUGGCGUCCUUCUCUGCGCGUGGGCCCAAUCCGCAGUCGCCCGAGAUCUUGAAGCCCGACGUCGUCGCCCCGGGGCUCAACAUCUUGGCAGCCUGGCCGGACGGCGUGGGGCCUGCGGGGAUCUCCGCUGACGGCCGGCGGACGGAGUUCAAUAUCCUGUCAGGGACGUCCAUGGCGUGCCCGCAUGUCUCCGGCCUGGCAGCGCUUCUCAAGGCGGCGCACCCGGGCUGGAGCCCGGCGGCGAUCAAGUCGGCCUUGAUGACGACUGCGUAUACAAAGGACAACCGGGGCCAGACGAUGCUGGACGAGUCCACCGGCAAUGCCUCCACGGUGAUGGACUUAGGGGCUGGGCACGUCGACCCGCAGAAGGCCAUGGACCCGGGGCUCGUCUACGACUCCGCCGCCGGCGACUACGUCGCCUUCCUCUGCAACCUCAACUACACGCAGGAGAACAUCCGCGCCAUCACGAGGCGGUCGGCGGACUGCGGCGGCGCGAGGAGGGCGGGCCACGCCGGCAACCUCAACUACCCCUCCAUCUCGGUUGUGUUCGUGCAGGGCGGGCGAGCGCGGAUGUCGACCCACAUCAUCCGCACGGUGACCAACGUCGGCGACGGCAGGUCAGCCUACGAGGCCACGGUGAAGGCGCCGCGGGGAAGCACCAUAACCGUUGAGCCCGCCCGCCUGGUGUUCCGGAGGACGGGCCAAAAGCUGAGCUUCCUCGUGAGGGUGGAGGAGGACACGGAGGCGGAGUGGCAGUCGCCGGGAAGCUCCACCACCAAGAGCGGGACCUUAACCUGGUCAGACGGGCGGCACACGGUGACCAGCCCAAUCGUGGUGACCGUGCAGGCGCCGCUGCCGUGA